AAGAAACGUGUUUCUCUUCGCUCCUCCAACAUGGCGCCGGGCAGGAGGUUAAAACGCGUGGUGGCUUCACAGCCAGGUUUCAUAAAUUUAAAGUCCACUUCAGAUCCUGGCAGUGGUCGGAGAAAACGCGUGAACAAGAACAAGAAGAAGAGCUGGAACAAACACAGCGACAUAAACGACGUAGACGCGUUUUUAGAAGACGUGAGACACCAGGAGAGGACCACGGGGGGUUUGCUGUCUGAGAAGUCAGAUGACAGUUUGUUCUUUUUGGACAUUGGACAACCAAAGAAACCUGAACCAAAGGUCGCAGAACCUGUCGAGGGGAAGAAGAGGAAAGGGAAGACGUCACGACCUCUGAGGAUAGACCUGAUCCUGCAGCACGACUCCCUCAUUCAACCACCUAAAGAUGUGCUGGCCUAUCAGCAACCUAAUGCCAAGAAACUCCGUCGCAUUGGCCAGAAGGCCGAGCAGCUGGCAGCCAAAGGCGUGGUGCCACGGAGGCAGAAACAGCUGCUGAACAGACGGCCGGUCAACAGGACAGCCAAGAAGGCAGUGACAGAGGCCAACAACAACCCAGACAGAGACUAUUACGACAUAUGGGGGCAAGAGUCUAAAGAUCAAGGUGACUCCUGGUACCUUCAACAGACGGGCAAGAAGCUUGUCAAGCGUCCAGAGAAGCUGAAUGAGAAGCCGUCUGUGCUUCCUGCUGUGGAGGUGAUUGCUCCUGGAGGAUCCUACAACCCAGACUUCUUCUCCCAUCAGGCCUUGCUGCAGGAGGCCCACAAGGUGGAGGUCAAGAGACAAAAGGAGGAAGAUAAAAUAGAGAGACAGCUGGCUGUCAACAGAGAAGACACAGCAACAGAGGAGACGAUCUUGAGAGAGCAGGUAGAAGGCCUGGUAGAAGAGGAGAAUGAAGAAGAGGCACCUCCUAAUGAGGAAGAGGAGGACGUGGCAGUGGGAGCCAUCUCACUGGCAGACAAGAAGACUGAAAGGCAGAGGAAGAAAGAGAGGGCAGACAAAAUUAAGGCGCAGCGGCGGUUGGCCAACAGACGGCACAAUGACCAGCGGCAGCAGCUCUUCCAGCUUCGCUCCAUAAAAGCCUCCAUCAAACAGCAGGACCAGAAAACCAUGGACAAACAGACUCAGCGCAAAGCCAACGAGGAGGCCCAGAAAGCUCAACCCAGACGCCUCGGCAAACUAAAGUUCCAGGCUCAGGACAUGGAGGUUCAGUUAAGCGAUGAGCUGGCCGGCUCCCUGCGACAACUCAAGCCAGAGGGCAGUGUCCUCAAAGACCGCUUCAAGAGUCUGCAGAAGAGGAACCUGAUCGAACCCAGAGAAAGAGCCAAGUUCAAGAGGAGACUCAAGCUGAAGUAUGUGGAGAAGAGGGCUUUUAGAGAGAUCACUUAGUGCCGACCCUCAGACCACAGGAGCUGAACAACAUUCGAAGCCACAAACGCAACAUAAUGGAACUGUGUAUAUACAACUUAAUGACUGUUGAGGGGCCUGUUUGACCCUUUCAGAUGAUUACAACUGCUAACAAAUUAAUAUGUCACAUUAAUGAUAUAAACGGAAAUGAAAAGUG